UAUUAUUUUAGUGCAAAACGGUUUGUGGUGAAAUAUGGCGAAUUUGAGUAGUUUAUCUAAAUUCAUGCAACUGGCUAAGCUAGUUAAUAAUAAAAGUAUUAAUUUUCGGUCUAUAUAUCGAAGUCUAUCAUUUGCCCAUCAGUCCAACUACAUGCCACCGGCCGAUUACAAAGCAAGACAUUCAUCGCAAGUAAUUUCACAAAUUAAAGUACAAACCUCUCACCACCGACACUUUUGUUCCAAGACACCUAACGAUCCUGUAAAGCCUGGAUUAGAUGAAUUCAGAGAGCGUGAACAGAAAAGGGAAGAGGAAUUUGAAGAGCGUGAACGCGAAAAAAUUAGAGAGUCCUCGGACGAUUCAAAUGAUACUAAAGUAAAUGCCAUACGUAUCAAAAUACUAGAAGCAGCUUUGCCACAUGUCCCUACGUCAGGUUGGACUCGUGAAACAAUUAUACUGGGAGCAGAAGAAAUUGGAUUUUCCGGUGUGGCGCAUGGAAUGUUUCCCGAAGGUGGUUUCGCUUUAGUAUCUUAUUUUAUCGGCAAAUGCAAUGAGGAGUUGCUAACGCAAAUGAAAACGGAGACUGAGAACGGCCGAAAAGCAGUUCACAAUCAUAUAGAAUUCCUAGUGAAAUUUGUACGAAUACGUUUGGAAAUGAUCCUACCUUAUAAAAACCAGUGGGCUCAGGCUAUAGCAUUAAUAGCUCUACCUCAAAAUGCUGCAACUAGUUUGGCGCAAUUGUUAACUCUAGUCGAUGACAUUUGUUAUUACUCAGGUGAUCGUUCGGUAGAUAUUGAGUGGUAUACACGACGUAUCGGUCUGGCGACUGUUAUGAAAAUGACUGAACUGUAUAUGUUGCAAGACAAGUCUCCGCAACAUACCAACACUUGGGUGUUUUUAGAAAACCGUAUGGACGAAUUUGGUCAGCUGCAAAUCAUAUUUUCACAAACCGAGGACGUAACGCAAACGUUUAAAAAUUCUUUAAAUUCUGCAUUUAUAACGGCACGCAACAUAUUAGGUUUAGGUUACAAUAGACCUUAGACCUUAGAAGACGUCAUAAAGCGAAUUUGAUCCAUUAUGUAUAUAUGUACCUAUAAAAAUACAGACACACAGACCUCUGAAUGUAACAAAACUCAAAGAGUUUUUAUUUAUUCUAUGAAACAUUUUUGUUCCUUUUUUUUUCGGUGUAAAGACAGCUUUCAUUAA